AUGACUGGUGAAAAAGUAGUUGUAACAGGCGCCACAGGAUACAUUGCAGGUAUACAGAUUCAAGACCUCUUGUCAAAGGGCUACAAUGUAUCUGCAAUCGUCAGAAACAAGAGUAACACUGAGAAGUUGCAACACUUAUUGCAGUUAGAUGGUGCUUCAGACCGUUUGACUCUUGAGGAAGGUGAUUUAGACACUGCUGACUACUCUACCAUUUUCAAGGAUGCCACUUAUAUCAUCCACACUGCCUCACCUUACAUCUACACCGCCGAUGAUCCCGAGCGUGAUAUUGUGCAGCCAGCCAUCAAAGGUAACAUCUCUGUACUGGAAGCAGCCGCUUUAAUACCAUCGAUCAAGAAGAUCGUUAUCACCUCAUCGACAGCUGCCAUUUUCGAUGCCUCAAAGAAGAAGGAUGUCUACACUGAAGACGACUGGAGUGACGGUACCUCCAUUGCUGCUCCUUACGCCUAUUCAAAGUACUUGGCCGAGAAGCGUGCUCACGAUUGGAUUAAAAAGCGUCGUGAGACCAAUCCCAAUCUCUUUGAAGUAGUGUUUAUCAAUCCUGCAUUUGUACUUGGUGCACCACUUGCCAAACAUAUCAAUACCAGUAUCAAGACAUUCGCAGAGGCACUCACUGGUAGUCCACAGAACCGAAGAAUCGGUGUUACCGAUGUCCACGAUGUUGUAGACAUCAUUACCUACGUGAUGGAAACCUCUGAGAACUUCAACCUACAUAGAAAACUCGUUGCUAACGAAGUCAUGACAUUUAAGGAACUCGGUCAACGUGCAGCCUCUUUAUUCCCACAUCUCGAAUUCAAUACCAACUCGACACCCGAUAGCUCAGCAACCAACACACUUGCAGAUCCUCAUCACUAUAUUUUCAAAUCAAUCUCCCCAAUUAAACUUCAAAGAGAGCCAGCCAACUUGAAUAAUACUCUUAAAUCUACUGUUGAAUACCUCAUUGCAAACAAACAUAUCAACCCAACCAAUAAAUAA